ACAUGUUUGCUCGAGACGGCGCAAGCUAACAGUAAGCUAAAGCUAAUCUUUUACAUUAUAGCGAUGACGCUGGUAGUGACGAUUCUCUCAGACCAAUCAGUGAUCUACAGUGUUUUCGCGUCACGUUUGGUAUCAGGUCGGGUCGCUUGGAACCCCAACCGAGGUGGUACGAAAAAAGUAUCGGGUACUACGUACUGCACCCAGUGGAAAAGCUCCCAAAAGUAAGCUGACCCGACUUAAACUAAACCAAACCGUGGGGUCAUAUGCAAUGGAAAAGCUCCAAAAGGGACACAUAUUUGAAUGUGAGUUUUUUGGUUUGAAGCAAAGGUAUUUGAUGAACGUAGUAUACGUGAGAAGAGCUGUCCAUCUCAUUUGUGAAAGAGGUGACAUUUAGCGACUUUUGAAUCUGAGCUCCUCUAUUAUUUCUGCAACCAGAGAGGCCUUAUUUUUAAUUCUUAUAAAAAAUUCUCAUUUAAUUUUAAUCUUAACCAAACUCUUUAGUGAGUUAACAAGCCUGAUAUCUCAAGAGGCCUCUUCGCAAUCACCCCAUUAAAUAAAUGGAAAAUAUUAUCAAAGCUCUGUAGCAAUCACACAAAGAAAGGAGAUGAAAGAAAUGCGAUUACCUAAUUUAAAACCAAGACUCAUUUUUAAAUAAACAGAUAAAAGAUCCUAAGACUGAUUACUUUGUUUAGGGCUGUCAGUUUAGCGUUCAGCAUCCAACAGUCGAAGGGCGUGGCAAAUAAAUGGCAGUACUGAUGGAAAGUGGGUGUGUCUUGUGGGGAUGUCCACUCCCUUCCUACCCAUAAUGCUUUAACCUAGUUCUUGCUCCACUUCUUGCCUCACAUCAAUCAUGGCUCUGCCUGCUUCAUCUUUAUCUCACCCACCGCUGUAGAUCGUGACAUCUGUUAGAUGACCUUGUGCAUCACUGCCGUAUGCUCAGCCUCAUCUCUAACAACAUUUUUAGCUCUUUGCUGCCUUCCCCCUUUCUGUAUAUGCUUAUUGUCACAACUAACACCGCCGGUUCUUUUUGUUAAAGUGGUUUAACAAAAAGUUGCAUGCUGGUUAAUGGUUUUGAGUUUUUACAUAAAAAAAAUUCUCAUCAUAAUUGCCAUUUUAUUUGUGGUGUGCGUGUGUUAGAUACAUAACAAAUUUGUUUUCCAAUGCAUUUAUUUGUUAUCCAUAAUUUUAUUAUUAAUGCUUGGAUCAGAUCUUUUGUUUUAUGUAAUAUUACUUUUUUUUUUACUUGAAGCUUGAAUAUUUUCAUAUUCUUGCAUCUCGUUUUCGUUUCAGUAUUUUUUAAAGCAUCAGAUUAGUCUGAAUGAAAUAUGUGCACACACGCGAAUCAAGCCUCUCAAUGGUAACCCGAGGCCUCCUUCUCUCCACUUUUCUUUUUGUCUCUCCAUAAGUCUAUUGAUCUUCCUCAUACUGUUUCGCCCCUCGAUCUCUUCUCUCGUUACAGCUACAUACUGUUUGUUUUUGUUGUGGCUCUUUCAUGGUGAUGAACUCACGAAAAGCCUGUGAAAGUUUUUGGUUUUUGUGUAUGCAAGCUCUUUAUGUCUGUGCUUCCCUCUCGUUUACUCUUAGUUGUUUAUUAAUCUCUCUCCCAGAAGCGGUUUAUAUAUGUAUUUCUGUGUCAUAAUACGUAUAUAACCGCACAUUCCUCCCUACCUUUUCUAAGACUGAAAGUGAAUUAGUUGACUCAGAGGUUGGUAGCAUUUACAUCCAUUUUCUUUUAGCUGUUACCUCUACUAGAGGAAUGCCCCAUAAAUUAGUGUCCCCUUAAACGCAUCCCUCCAGAUUGUAAGGGCUUCAGAGAUGUGCCUUAUUACAGAACCAAGUGACUUUCUUUUCCUCUUCUUGUUCUAUCUAUCCUCUUUCUUUCUUUUCCUCUACUUCAACAAGGAGUUUAAAGGUGUAGCACAUGAUGCUUUAUGUUGAUGACAGUGAAGAAAGUUUCAGCAAUUAUUUGGCUACCAUGUGUGCUUGUGACACUGUAUGUGUAAAUGUGUAUGAAGCGCUUCUUAUUAUUGGAUUAUUGUGGUCUUUUCUUUCCUCUCUUCCUCACAUCAGGAUAACAUUGGGCACCGGCUUCUUCAGAAACAUGGCUGGAAGUUGGGUCAAGGCCUGGGAAAAACCAUGCAGGGUAAGGUUUGUAGGACCUACCCCCAAUGUGUGUAUGUGUGUAUGUUUGAAUAAGUGCGUGUGUGUGGAUGUGUUUCUUCAAAUAAUACAAAAUAACUUAAUACCCAUUUUACAUUGUAGCCUAAUGGCUUCUCUUAGCUCUUUUCUAUGUGCUUACAAUCACUAAACGCUCUCUGCUCAAAAUUUCAGCGCUACGAUUUAAAACUCAUACCAAACUGGAAUCAGUCAGCAUUUUACGUGCAAAAUUUUAUAUAUUGAAAGUCCUUGUUCAGAAUUAGUGCUAGACUAGUGUUUUAUAUUAUUUAAUAUGUUUGGCUGCGAUGGGGGUGUUUUGAUUGGCUGAGAACAUGAGAUGGGGCCCUCUGAUUGGCUGUGAACUUGAUUCUGCCUCUUUCCCAUGAUUCCUCUGAAUGGCUUGCAGAAUGAGCCUUAAUCCCUCGCCCAUUCUUCCCCUCCUUUCGCCUCUGAUCGGUCUAUCUGCCUGCGUCCACUUUUGUGAAAUGAAUGUACACGUGUGGUGGGAGUGGAAACUGUAUGUGUUGUGAGUGCGUGUGUGUGUCACCAUAUCAAGGGGUGGGGGCUCAGGUGUUUUAGCUUGCAGGGAAGUCUUCCCACCAUCCCGCCUGCAUCCCACUUCUCUUAUAAGCUUACACGUGAAAGCGUCGCCUGACCUGACCCAUCUCCUUCCCUCUCUCCUGCAGAGCAUGCUGGCUGUAGAGAUCCAGUCUUGUGAUCCUGAGUUUUAAGCAACACACGAUAUUUCCUAGUAUUUGAUUCUAGAUUAAUCAUGAGAUGAAAUGGUACUAGUCAUUUAAGUAAGACGGAGAGAAGCCAGACUUCUGGCCAAUCACAAUGUGUUGCUAAAAGCUCCCUCAUAACGUAUGCUUCUCAUAGCUCGUACAGGUGCGUGAAGAAGUUUGCAUACAGUGGCCUCUGUCUCAGAACCACAUGCACAGAGACAUGGAUCCAUUUGGGGAUUAUAGGAAGGGUGAAAUGGGGAACAGGGUGCCUAGUUCUUUGAAGUGUGUCAUGGUUGGUAUAUCAAUGUUAAAAGACAAUCAACCAAGAGAGGGGAAACGAGAGGGUGGAUGGCUUCAGGGCCAUUAGGGGAAGGUAAGCAGGGAGAUUUUGAGAAAAAUUCCAGUUUUAGAUGGAAGUCCACAGCAAGUCACAGAGUCCUCCUUCCUUUGCAAUUAUAGUAUCGUUUUUAUUUAAAAUAAUGAUAGACUGUAAAGAGGAGAGCAGGAAUGUCAGGGAUGGUGAGAGGGUAACCCUGUAAUCACUCAGGCCCGAGGGUAAGGGGGUACACCAAAGCCCCUGCCCCUAAACCCAACCCCUAACCCUUUACCCCUUACCCCUGAACGCUCUCUUUGUGCCUCAAUCUUCCUGCUUAACCAAUUGGUGUUUCUUUUUUGCAGCAUUAUGAUCCUGGCCAUGUUGUGCUGAUGGUAAACUUAGUGGACGAACUGACCCUGUGCCCAUCACCCUCAAAUAUGAUGUCAUGGGAAUGGGACGCAUGGAGAUGGAGCUGGACUAUGCAGAAGAUGCCACAGAGAAGCGCCGUGUGUUGGAGGUGGAAAAAGAAGAGACGGAGGAACUGCGGCAAAAAUACAAGGAUUAUGCGGAGAAAGAGAAAGCCAUAGCCAAGGCUUUGGAGGAUCUGAGGGCUAACUUCUACUGUGAGCUGUGUGAUAAGCAAUAUCAGAAACAUCAGGAGUUUGACAAUCACAUCAACUCCUAUGACCAUGCACACAAACAGAGAUUAAAGGAGCUGAAGCAAAGGGAGUUUGCUCGGAACGUGUCUUCGCGUUCUAAAAAGGAUGGCAGGAAACAGGAGAAGAUGCUCCGUCGUCUUCAUGAACUGGCAAAACAGAGAAAGCACAAAGACUAUGUCCCUGGUAGUGGCCCAAUGUUUAAGCCCACCACUGUGGCAGUAGAUGGAGAAAAAGGGGAAGACUCAAUGGAUGGUGUGCCUAUGACAAUGGAGUCUAACAAUGAAGUUUGUGAAGAUAAAGGAGGUUAUGGUCUUGGUGGUCAAGGGUCCCCAAGAACCGGCUCUACCAUCAGUUUUGGCUUCAACAAGACUAGCUCAUCUCCAACGCCCUCUGGAGGCUCACAGACUCCCAAACUCAGUGUCUCCUUCUCUUUUGCUAAAAAAGCCCCAGUCAAACUUGAGACAGCUGCUGCUGUAUUUGCAGACCCUGGUGAGGAGGCAGUGGAGGAAGAAGAAGGUCAGGAAGAGGGAGCUGAAAAGACUGGAGCUGAGGAAGGAGCUGUGUCAUCCAAUUCUGAUAGCCCACAUGGUGCAACAGGAGGUGAGGGAGGAGGAGGAGGUGUAGGAGAGAGUGGCAGUGGAAGUGAGGAACAACAGUCACAACCGGAUGAUGGAGCAGCCUUGGCUUCCACUUUGAACAAGCUGAAGAUGAUGAUGAAAAAAGAGGAAGGUUACGCUGGACAGGAGCCACAGUAUUAUCAUUAUGUACCUCCUUCACAUUGUCGGGUCAAGCCUCAUUUUCAGUUCCUGCUUUUUAUGAAAGCUUCUGACCAGUGUGCCAGCAAGGAAGAGAAUGAAGAUGGAGAGAAAGAUGGAAAGGUAGCACCUGGUAAAGAUAAAGAGCAAAAACAGCCUAAAGUCAGCAGCUGCGAAUCAGAAAAAGACACUGAAAAGGAGUCUACACAAGUGAAAAGCAAAACUCCUCCCCCCACAUCAACCACACAGAAAAUAGAGGAAGCACCUUGUAGUACCCCAGCAGAUAAAGGUGACACAGCAGUUUUAGAUAUCUCGGCCCAAACAGUUGAUACCAAGCAAGGUAUGUCUGAGCUUUCAGAAACAGGUCCUCGCGUGCCAACUGGACCAUUUUUUCCUGUGCUUAGUAAGGAUGAAAGCACAACCCUGCAGUGGCCUUCCGAAUUACUGGAGUUUACUCAGGCCAAACCUUCUCUUUCUUACAGUUGUAAUCCUCUCUACUUUGACUUCAAGCUGUCAAGAAAGAAAGGAAACUGGGCAGGCAAAAACAGCAAACCAGCCAAGCCAGCUAGCAGUGAUGGAGGAGAGGCAUCUAAAUCUGAAAACACUGAUAGUAUUCCAGCAAGUAGUGGAGAGACUUCCACUACAACAGCAGUGGCAGGACCAAGUACUGAUCAAAAAGAUCAGAUACCCCUGAAAGAAGAGGGUUUUAAGAGUGACAACAGUGAGCAGAAAUUAAAAAGUAGUGAAAAUGUGUCUGGAGGAACAAAGAAAAAGAAGAAGAAGAAGAAGAAACACAAGAAGUCUGGAAAGCACUCCAAAUGCAAAGAAAAGGAAAAGGUGGCAGCAGAGGGAGGUUUAGAAAAUGAGGCACCAGGAGAGAAAACUAAAAAGAAAAAGAAACAUAAAAAAAAGAAAAGCAAAAAUAAACCAUGUGAUCCUGAGGAGAACGAAGAGCAAGGUGAGAGUAAAGAAAAAGAGAAAGACAAAGAGGACAAGGAUGGGAUGUCUUCUGCCCAGUCAUCAGGAGUACCCACAUCCCAUGAAGGAGGAAAGAGAAAACGAUCUCACAAGAUGUCACAGCUGUCUGGAGUUGAGGAAACUAGUAAAGGAAAGACCAGCUCUGCAGAGGAGCACAAUGGUACUAAACGUCUUAAAUCAGACCCAAAUGCUGCUUCCUGCUCUGCCUCAGCCCAAAAGAACUCAAGUGGAGGUCGGCCCCCUAGCAGUGACAGUGAAGAAGAUGGCGGAUCAUCAUCUCAACGUUCCCGACCACCCCGGCGUCGCUCCACACCACCACGUGAGCAGCGAAGACACCACAGUGAUGAAUCUGGCCGAUCACGGCGUUCUCGUAGUAGAUCUUCUCGUCGAGGAGACCGCAACCAUAGGCGUCACAGGGAUCAAAAGUCACGCAGUCGAUCCUACUCUAGUAGCUCUGAGCGUUCCUCAGCGGGGAGCAGUGCUUACAGCCGUCGUAGCCAUAGUUACACAGACAGUUACAGUGACUACAGUGAUGAAGAACGUCGCCACAGAUCAAGAAGACCCUCUUCUGACUCAGACUACGAGAGGCGUGAUAGUGGGCGGUCUCACAGACGGCAUUACUCCUCCUCUACCUCUGAGGACUCUCGUUCUCGCUCACGCUCUCACAGUCGUAGAAAACAUAAUCAUCGGAGACACCAGCGGAGUAGUAGUCGCAGCUCUAGUCGCAGUAGUAGAAGCAGCAGUGCUCGCUCCUAUAGACGCAGCAGUUACAGUCGUAGCCGAAGUUCUGCAAGUCGUUCAUCUAGCUCCACUAAAGGUUCUCCACAUCGUCAUGGUCAUAGCCGGAGAUCUGACAGUUCCACACGAAGGCGUGAUUUCAACCGGUCAUGCAUUUACCGUUCUCAGUCUCCGAGGUCAGCUUCCCGCACACAGUCCCGAAACAAGAACUCUUCAUCAGCACAAGCAACUAGGAGUAGCGGUGGAACUGCCUCAAAAGAGGGAGGAGGUGCUGCAGAACACAGAAAUUCAUUCACAGCUCGGCAACUACUGGAGAAAAUCCAAUCUCGAAAAGAAGGGGGUGAAUCUGGAACUAGCACCAAGCUAGGCAUCAAAAUCAAAGACCCUCCACAGGGAUACUUUGGGCCCAAGCUUCCCCCUUCCCUUGGAAACAAAAAUAUGUUGCCUCUUUUUGGCAAGCUCCAGUCAGGAAAGAAACCACCAUUACUUUCCCUUAUGCGUUCAACUGAGGGUGAAAAGUCAGAGCUAGGGAAAAAUUCAGACAGCAAUGAAGUGAUCCUGGUAGAACCCAUUCGUGAGUUUCCCCCUCCCCCACCUCCACCCCAGCCACCAGUCCAGCAGCAACAACAAAAGCAGCAUUUGGAGGAAGCAAUACCAAAUGCUGUAGUAUCUGAGGAGAGCAGACAUUCAAGCUCAGACCCUCAGGUCCUUCAUGAGUCUCAACCACAAUAUGAACAGGAUCCAGCAAUGAUGAUGUCACAAUAUCAAGGUGAUCAAAUGCAAGACCCCAAUAAUCCAAUGUUGGAUGGUCAUAUGAUGGGCCCAGAUAUGGGUCUACAGCCUACUAUGCACACCUACCCUGGUUACCCCCCACCCACAAUGGAGGAUGGGGAAAUGGGCAUGCAAGCUGAAGAUGACGGUCUUGCACCUUUAGAAAGUCAACCAAUCACUUUUACUCCAGAGGAAAUGGAAAAAUACAGCAAGUUGCAACAAGCAGCUCAACAGCACAUUCAACAGCAGCUGUUGGCAAAACAGGUGAAGAGCUUUCCAUCAGCUGCAGCUGCUGCAGCAGCGGCUAACUUGGCAGCAGCAGCUAACCUUGCCCCUGCCCCGCCACCACCACCAGCCUCACUGCAAUCUAUACACAUCCAGCAACCCAACGUUUCUGCAGCUUCUGCUACAUCCAUUACCACAGUACAACAUGCCAUCCUGCAGCACCACGCUGCUGCAGCCAUGGGACUCCAUCCCCAUACCCAACAUCAUCCACAUCCUGCCCAUGCCCAACUAGCCCAGAUGCACCACAUCCCUCAACAUCAUUUAACCCCUAUUUCCUUGUCACCACUGGGCCAUUCCUUAGGCCAUUCACUGGGUCACUCUUUAGGACACACAGGCCUGAUCCCAGCUCACCACACUGCCUUUCUUUCAGGCCAGCCCAUACAUAUUAUACCUGCCUCUGCACUUCAUCACACUCCUCUUGCUUUACACCACAUCCCCCAUGCUGCCCUCUACCAUACCCUCUUUGCACCUCGGCCAGCAAGUGCAGCAGCAGCAGCUGCCCUACAGUUACAUCCCCUUCUUCACCCCAUCUUCUCAGGACAAGACCUUCAACACCCUCCAAACCAUGGCUCCUGAAAACAUUACAUCUUGCUUCUCUCAUAGAGAAGACCAGGCCCAGCAGUGUGAAACCGUAAAGAAUUAAGUUACUGUGGGGGAGCUUGCUACCCACCAUCCUCUGUCCUCUAUAUACUUGGCUACCUUAAGGGGAGGACAGCUAGCAGGACUGUCGGUGGGUAACUUUAAAGGGAGAACAGAAUAAGACCAAGAUUUUCUUGAGAUUGUCAUGUGAUGAAAUCAUGUGUCCUGAACCAGGAUAUAGCUUGGCAGGUAGAGGAAUAUACAUCAUAUAUGUUUCCUCAAGGAAUAUGUAACGCAUUCACACACAAAGGGUUAAUUUAUAGGCCAAGACGUGAAUCUUACUUGGGCAGAAACACUGGUGUAUCUUUUGUUUCGUUGUGAUAUGUUUUUAUUCAUUGUCUGAUGUAUUAUCUGGAAGCUCAUUGGCUAAAGCCAUAAUCAAGAUCUGUGUUGAGGGCCUUUAAUGUAGAUGGAUAUGGUUAUUAUCUGAAUUUGAUGGCAGUCUUUGAGGAUCAUUUUUGGGGACUUAUUUUUAUGUGUACUACGUUGCAGAGUUUAUAACUUAACUAAUUGUAUGAAUAUGCAAAGAUACACUUAGACCUGGUUCUUAACCAGGCUGUCAUGAAUUGAUAAUUGGUGUACUACAAAGUUACCAUCAUAUUUGGUAAUUUUCAGCUCAUACCAAUUAUUAAAUACAGUUGUAUACUACUCUUUCCAAAGGGUAUUACAAAACACGAUCAAAAGCAUUACAAUUAAAAGCCAUAAUCAGCACUUGACUGUGUCUAUUUUUGCUGGUUGGUUGUAAUUCAAUAAAUAUGUGAAUAGAACAGACAUCAAUUAUGUUGAUGUCAAAAGAUUUUAUAUUGUCACAGGCUGUUGGAACUACAUAACAGGUUACACUUUGGAUUUUGAGAGUUCCCAUCCUUUGUAAAAUGAAAUUGUGAGAUCUUGCACUGAAAAAAAAAUGUACAUUUGAGAUGCUGUUUUGCAUCUUGUAACAACUGUAUGAUUGUAGUAUUCUGCAAUAAUUUUAUUUUCUAUUUCAUUUUAAAUUAUUUUCUAUUUUUGUUUGUAUGUUUUUUUGAAAAAAAAAGUUUUCUUUUCCUGUAAAAUAAAUUUACUGUAAAUAAAGUUAUUGUAGUAAAACUAAAAAGUUUGUAACAUCCGUUUAAAAUGGAAUAAUGAAAUUGAAAAUAUGUAAACAUGAUCAGGGCUUGAUACUACAGAGAUCAAGAAUGUUUUUGGAAAGAAGAGGGAACGAGAAUGUGGCUAAACUUUCGGUGACAUGAAUUGUACUGUAAAUGGCAACAGUGAAAUUAGCUUUUUAAGUCUCCUUGAUGCAUAAGCAAAUAAACCUUUGACUUGUAA